ACAUGCCCAAAGUAUUUAUACAGUUUCUCUUCUUUGUACCAAUUCAUCCGACUGGUAUAGUGAGUACUCUCUGCGUUUCCAGCUCCUCUUUCCCUGGGCUCGGACGCCGUCUACACCACGCCGUUCCUCUAAUAUCCCGACCGAGUGACUUCAUCAUUGUCAGGAGGCGGUCCAGCCUUUAUAUUUAUAGAGAUACCGUCUGCUAUAGAGAACGAGCAUGGAUAUGGAGGCUGAAGAGGCAGCAAAGCGUGUACAGGUCCGGUUCGUAACGAAGUUGAAGCCUCCAUUCAAGGCACCGCCCAGUUCCAUAACAAUUCCAUCCAAUCUCACCCGUUUGGGCCUUUCUGCCAUUGUCAACAACCUUCUUAAAGCUGGGAAUGAUGAUUGGAAAUCUGAGCCUUUUGAUUUCAUCAUCGGUGGAGAAUUCAUCAGGAUGUCACUCGAGGAGUUCCUCCUUGCAAAGAACAUUUCUGCUGAGAAGAUACUAGAUAUUGAAUACAUUAAGGCGGUGGUCCCAAGGAGAGAAGAAGAACCUUCCUUACAUGAUGAUUGGGUCAGUGCUGUUGAUGGUUCAAACCCCAAGUUCGUUUUGACAGGUUGUUAUGAUGGUCUUGGAAGGUUAUGGAAAGCUGCAGGAUCUUGUAGUCACAUAUUGGAGGGGCACGCAAGUGCAGUUACAGCUGUUUGUGUUGUCAAGCCCAAAGGCUUUGUAAGUGAUGCUGAUGAGCUGGUAGCAACAGGUUCAAAAGAUAGAACAGUCAUGUUGUGGAAGGUUGAUGUAGAUGAGUUCCUGGAAAACCCAACGAGGAUUAGAGCCUGUAAGGUGUUACGUCAUAAUGCUUCUGUCCAGACCCUAGCAGCACAUCCCGCUGGAGAAAUGGUGUGUUCAGGUUCUUGGGACUGCAUGAUAAAUCUAUGGCAGGCAAACGAUGUGGAUGAAUUUUGUGAUACCGUAUCUGUCAAAAAAAGAAAAAAGGGGGAAAAAGAAAACGAUCCUCAAAUAGAGGGGGAGGCAGCAUCUACACUUGUUGGACAUACACAAAACAUAUCCUCUGUGAUAUGGCCACGGAAUGACACAAUCUAUUCAGCAUCCUGGGAUCGUUCUAUUAGAAGUUGGGAUGUUGAGACAGGAAAAGAUACACUGAACAUGUCUUGUGGUAGAGCAUUUAACUGUCUUGAUGUUGGAGGUGAAAGUUCUUCCCUUAUUGCAGCGGGAUGUUCUGAUCCUAUUUUAAGGAUAUGGGAUCCUCGAAAGCCAGAUUCACUGGCCCCUAUCUUCCAGUUCUCAUCACACAGUUCCUGGAUUUCUGCCUGCAAAUGGCAUGGCAAAUCGUGGUAUCUCUUGGUUUCUGCAUCUUAUGAUGGAAAGGUUAUGCUAUGGGAUUUGAGAACAGCGUGGCCACUUGCUGUCAUCGACUCACACAAGGAUAAGGUAUUAUGCGCUGACUGGUGGAAAGGGGAUACCAUUAUAAGUGGGGGGGCCGACUCAAAGCUUUGCAUAUCUUCAGAACUUCCGGUGCAGCAGUGACAAGGGUAUGUUCACCAGUGGCGUGUUUAGGAGGUGCGUUUGUCUCAAGUUGGCGAACUUCCUCAUUAAUUAACAUUUGUAAUACACAGACAGCCAUGUUGGUGUUGUGUGCACCCUAUAUUUUUCCAAUAUCGAGACUAUGAGUACAAAAUUUACAACACCAACUGACAAAAUUGAGAUGACAAGUCGAGACUAUGUUGGGAGACUUGAAAUCGAUUUUGUACCCAAAGGAUCUUUAUGACAGUUUUUUAUGAAGUUUACACACAGUUUAGAGAAAGAAGUGACCAACUUAAUUCGG